UCCGGUCGAAACAGCUGAAGCGAGUGUAAAUGAAGUUGUUUUGACGAGAACGGAGGAUCAUUCUUUAGAAUUUGAAAGUGUAAUUGGUGCUCACUCUGAUUGAUAUUCAUAUGGAGUGAGACCAAACGGGUGCGAGUGCUUUCAGCUGAAGAAGUGAACGAACAGUAUUGUUUUAAAAGUGUUCAGAAGAGGAGAGCCAACCCGACAAAAUGUACUUACUUUUGAUCAUAACCACGAUUGUCAUUUACUCAAUUUGGACCAUUCUCGAUCGUCGCGGCAAACCUCCAGGACCAUUUGGUCUCCCCGUGGUUGGUUAUUUGCCAUUUUUCGAUUCCCAAAAACCGUACGAAACACUCACCAAGCUCAGCGCCAAGUAUGGCCCGAUCUUUGGACUUCACAUGGGCCAGGUGUACGCAGUCGUCCUGACGGAUCCCUCCCUCAUCCGGGACGCCCUGAAGCGCGAAGAGCUGACCGGACGUGCCCCGCUCUUCAUCACCCACGGUAUCAUGGGAGGACAGGGAAUCAUCUGCGCAGAAGGCAAUCUGUGGCGCGAUCAACGGCGUCUGUCUAGCGAGUGGCUGCGCAAGAUGGGCAUGACUAAAUUCGGCCCAGCCCGGGCGACCCUCGAGGCCCGCAUCGUAGCCGGUGUGAAUGAACUCGUACAGGACCUAAAGGCGGAAUCAGAGAAAGUGUUUGCCUUUGAUCCUGCACCAUUUGUGCACCACAUUCUAGGAAAUCUACUGAAUGACCUCGUGUUUGGGCUGCGGUACGAUCGGGACGACGAGACGUGGCGAUACCUUCAGCACCUACAGGAGGAAGGCGUCAAGCACAUUGGCGUUUCAAUGGCGGUCAAUUUCCUGCCAUUUUUAAGACAUCUGCCUGCGAGCAAAAGGAUAAUUGAAUUUUUAUUAAAUGGCAAAGCAAAAACUCAUAAAAUUUACGACUCGAUCAUCGAAGAGCGACGCAGAGCACUGCCUGAGGAUGCAGGCGACGGUGGCGACCAGGAGGGAAAGGUCAAUGACCCGGCCAACGGCGAUUGCAUUCUAACAAAUUUCGUGCAAGAGACUCGUCGGCGGGAAGCGGCCGGCCGUCCGGAGUUGGCCUUCUGCAGUGACGCCCAGCUGAGGCAUCUUUUGGCUGAUCUUUUCGGGGCAGGUGUUGAUACAACGUUCACCAGUUUGCGCUGGCUGUUGCUCUUUGUAGCGCUCGAUCGAGACGUACAACAGCGGCUGCGGCGUGAACUUUGCGCUCUGCAGCGUGAGCCAACGCUCAACGAUAUUGAUUCGCUGCCUUAUUUGAAAGCUUGCGUGGCCGAGGCUCAGCGAUUGAGAACGGUGGUGCCCCUCGGUAUCCCACAUGGCACUGUUUCGGACACCAAUAUCGCUGGCUUCAAAAUCCCCAAAGGAGCGAUGAUCAUGCCCGUGCUGUGGGCCGUCCACAUGAACCCUGAUCUGUGGUCCGACCCCGAUCGUUACAAUCCGGAACACUUUCUGGACGAAUCUGGCCAGUAUGUUGCUCCCGCGCACUUUCUGCCUUUUCAAACCGGCAAGCGAAUGUGUCUCGGUGACGAACUGGCCCGUAUGAUCUUGUAUCUUUACACCGCCCGAAUCUUUUGGCACUUUGAGCUGGACGUUUUCGACGGCAAGGCGGUCGACUUGACCGGAAUCUGCGGAAUCACGCUGGCUCCACCAGCGUAUGAAAUCAUCUUUAAGAAGUGCUCGCCCAAGUGAACAAUGUCAUCAACAGUAAAUAAAACACAAAGAACCAUUUAAG